AUGCUGGGUUUCCCUGGUAUUCCAGGAUCAAAUGGUAUACCGGGAGUGCCGGGUGUCCCAGGGCCACAGGGACCCCAGGGAAGGGAAGGUGUAAAAGGACAAAUUGGUGAUAAAGGAUCGCAAGGAAUGCCGGGUGCAAGAGGAGACAGGGGGCCCAAAGGAACCCUUGGGAAGAGUGGACCUCAAGGAAUUAAGGGAAUGAAAGGUCAACAGGGACUUCUGGGAAUGAAAGGAGAGCCAGGCAUUGCGGGAAUGAAAGGACAGCGAGGAGCUGUCGGAAUUAAAGGUGAGCGAGGCAUUGCGGGAAAUCAAGGAAGAAAAGGAGAGAAAGGCGAGACAGGACAAAGCGCCCAAGCAAGUCAAGCAAGUGUAGUACCACAAACCAAUUGGAAACAAUGCGUGUGGAAAUCAGACACCAGUGUUGAUAACGGAAAGAUUAAGGUAAUUGCAAUAAGAAUCAUUCAUAACACACUCCAAAGAAAAUUCAUUCCUUCUAAAUCAAAAUAUUUCAAAAAAGAACGUCUCCCUGCUCACUCGCCGUUUGCCAACACAUAACAUAAAUGGCUAAGUUACAUUUCCAUCUACUUUGGUUCUUUGUGAACGAAAAAAGGAAAACCAUCAUGCGUGAUAUAAUGAUUCCUGGCCAUAUGGAUAAGGACAACGAAAAUUGAAGUUAUUACAGAGGUUUUAAACAUUAGAAAGUAAUCUUGACUGGAGUUGUUAGAAUCAGUCAUUACACACGGUUGCUCGCCUUACUUCAAUAUGAUUGAUUUUUUUUUAUUUUAUUCCAGAACUGUGCGUUUAACAAACUGCAGUCUAAUUCAGCACUGAGAGUCUCAUUCCAGGGAAACAUGAGAGUAAUAGGUCAUAUUAAGUGUAACCGCUGGUAUUUCAAGUUCAAUGGAAAUGAAUGCAGUGGACCAAUGACGAUUGAGGCUAUUGUUUACAACUACUGGCCAUCUGGGACGAACGAUAAUCUGUUGCAUCAUCGGUCAUUUGAAGGGUACUGUGAAAACAUCCCGCAAGGGGCGGUUAGAGUGGAGUUAUGGGUAGGAAAGUGUAGUGGCUACACCCUGGGUGAUGCUCACACCGGCUGGAAUUCAGUGUCCCGGAUACUGAUUGAGGAAGUAUCUAGGCCCCAGUCCUAA